GAGGAGCAGUUCAAUGACAUUCAAAAUUCUACAAUUGACUGGGGUGAUGAUGACACCUGGGACCCUGACUGGGGUGAUGAUGACACCUGGGACCCUGACAUGGAGGAAGACUCUGUCUCAUCGUUGGAGGAAGAUGUGACCAAGGAAAUUGACACAUACAGUGACGAGAGUGAUUCUGAUUAUGUGCCUCGUGUUUGUGUGCGAACAGGAGGUGCUCUGACGACGAACCUACGUUUGGAAACACUGCCAACAGUCACCUUAGAAGAAUCGGUUCUUGAUGUGGACUUCAACCGUGAUCCGGCAAGGCCAGACACGCCGUUGCCAGAGGCGAUGAAAGUUGAGGUAGAAGAUGAUGUGAUUGGCCAUCCUGCGUCAAUUGUGUACCACGAUUGUCUGAAGCAGCUUGCGGGGUGCGUUGCCUUGCCAAUGGCCGAAUGCACAGAAAAAGAACCGAUGACAAACAAGCCGUGCCCUGCAAAGGCGCCUUUUGAAAUUCGGGUAAAAUCCCGGGGCAUAGCAGCUGUUGUAGAAUGGAUGUGCUCUCGGGGUCAUUUGGUGUGGCGAUGGAGUUCACAGUCCAUGUUCAAGUUUGGAAUGUUGGCCGGGGACUUCAUGCUAGCCACCAAUAUAUUGCUCUCAGGCAACAACUAUGCCAAAAUUGCACUGCUUUUCCAGUUUAUGAAUAUGGGGAUGGUUGACAGGACCAACUUCUUCAAGAUCCAGGACUCCUUCUGUGUUGAGAGCGUAAAAGAGUUCUGGAAUGACAAGAGGGCCAAAGUGAUUGCUCAGCUAAAACAACGAGGGCCUGUUGUGGUCCUUGGUGAGUUGUGA